AUGAAGGGCCACAAACGACUCAAGAAGAUUCCACAUGAAGAUUCUUAUUUGACAAUUUUUAGCCGCCAAGCGCCUCAUCUUCAUACUAACUCGGGCGUAUACUUGGCUCCACAGCCCGUUCCAGGAGCGCCGGGAGACUUUGCUCGGGCACAUACGAUUCCAGCGAGCUCUCCCUACGGAGGGCGGAGACUGUCUGCUCCCGUAGAAGCAUGCCACUGGCCUCUGCGUGCGUGCUCAAAAUGUGCACGAACGCCUCUGUACGCUCGUGGAAUCCUCAAUCUCAGCAUUCCGUCUGCUACCUGCCAGUUUGAGGGGGGCCUGCACGACGGGGUAGUCAGCCCACAGGGAGGUGCAGUGGCGCUCCGAGCGUUGGACAGUAGGAAUGACGUUUUGAGUGGAGAUGGCGGUUCUGAAAGAACCUGCUGCUCCACUUACGUUAGAAAUUGCGCCUUGGUCAUUUCCGAAGAUCCUCUCUUGCGCCCUUCUCUUCUGGCAAUCUCGUUGGGCAUUUCAGAAGUUCACACCGUCGUGAUGAAAGAAGCGAACUGGGAAAGCGCUGCGACGUUCGCGAAAUGUUUUGGCCGCCCCGGCAGUCUGAAGGUCUUCCGGUCGCUGGAGGCACUGGAGCAGGAGGUCUUUGAACACCGCGUUUGCCAGGUGCUUACCGGUGAAGUGACGCUUUCCCAUACUUGCAGAGGCGCUGCGAAUUCUGGUUGCCAGCCGAGAGGUGACCCUGUGGCGGGCUCGGUUCUAGGGGUUGAUGGGCAGCAUCACUGCCAGGACUUGUGUACGGGAACAACUAAACCAGAUGGAAUUGCAGAAGGGCUGCAAGCCCAUCUGCAUCGCUAUCGCGUUGUAUUGAUAGAUGACCAGUACUGCGGCCCAAUUGUCUCUGCAUUUGGCCUACCCCUUCUUCUUGAGUUUGUCCGAACACACACGUGGCGCUGGCAGACUUUGGCAACGCCAGCAUCCUGUCCUCCGCUUGUGGCGAGCAAUCAGUACUUGAAGCGUUUGGAGGGAGAGAAGCUCAGUAGGCCACGGCAAAGGCGACUCGCGGCGAGUGGCCGCACCAUGAGCGGCGCUUCCAUUCGCCUGGAAGAUGUGGUCUUGAGUGGUCGUUUUUGUGUGCUAGAAAGUUACGAGCUGACGUCUCUCGUCAGAUGCACGUACAAGGAUCCUGAAGUUGAACUCGCCAGUGGCUUAUGCACAAGGGAUACCGAGGGCGGUGAAGAUCUGUCCAAAAAAGGGAGCACCGCAAAGGAUGAUCUGGAGGAUUGGCUGUCUAAGAAAAAGGCCCUGCAAGCCAAGUGUCCCCGCUGCGCAAGGGACAGGCAGCUCAGGUGGUCCAAGGAAAGACAAACUAUCGUCAACGGCAAUGCCGUCUGCGGCGUUGAGAUUGCGGGGCCGUGUGCUGGUUUAAUCGUCCGCAGUCACAUUGUUUUUGAUGAGGGUAUAACGCUUUUCCCUAGUGCGCCGUUGAUGGUUUUCCUGCCUGACGAGGUUCAAUUGUCGACGCGUCACGUUGUGAUGCUUGGGCCUGGUGAGCUGGUGAUAAAAGAUACCCGUGUCACUGAAGAACUGCAGACGGGCAGGCCGCCUGUUCCUCCUUGGAGAAACCUCAAAACACAGCAACCCACGUACUGCUGGCAGUGGACAGCGGUUUGUGAUGGCAUGCGGCAGUCAGAAUUCGACAUACAUGUAACCCUUCGUGACCUCCUUCAGACAGCGAGGGAAGAAGGCGUUGAAGGGCUGUCAUCGCCUGAGAACCCUGAAGCCAUUUAA